AUGGUGAUUGUUGGAGUGACCGACUACUCGCCAUUGCGCGCUGGCGCUACGUCAAUUGCGUACAAAAGGCCGCUGUCUGCCUGCGGAACGGGGACGAUGGCGACGGGCGUGGCGAGGGUUCCUGCGUCUGCUGCUCUUCCCGUCGCACCUGCUGCUCUUCCCGUCGCGCCUGCUGCUCCUCCCUUGGUGCCCCCUGCUGCGGUCGCUCCGCCUGUCGUGCCUCAAACUGCCAACCUCGCCGCUCCGUCUGUGGGUGGCGUGCGGGCGGUUGUCGAUGGCGGCGUGGCGGCACAAUCGGUGGAGUCCGCCGCCACUGACAUCCUGGGACCUGCGGCGCUCCCCGCCGCUCGCGCUCCUCCGACUGCGGCGACUCUGGCGCCUCCUCCGCCCGCGCUGUCGGGACCUGCUCUUGCGCCUCCUGUGGCUGCUCACCCUGCGCUGCUAGCGCCUGCUCCUCCUGCGCCGCUAGUGGCUGCUCCCCAUGCGCCGACCGUGGCGGCGAGCCAGAGCAACUCACCGCGUGUCGCUCCUGCCCCAGCAGCACUCCCUGGAGCUGCGCCCUCUGCCCAGGCAGCUCCUCUUCCUUAUGUGGCUGUUCCUCCUCCUCUUGCUCCCGCUGACUCGACCCCUGUCCCCCGGAGUCACAUUCGACUACCGUGGGUGCCCCCAGUGGCGGGGUCAGAUUUUGUGACCGCGGCAGGGGGGCCAGAAACUGCGCAAUACACGUCCCUGCUGCCUAUGGACCCCCCCCCCCCACCCGGUCUGCAGGUGCAGCGCACCCCUACCAGGCGCACAACUGCAAGAGUAAGCACGUUACUUAUGAAUGUGGCUGGUACUGAGAGUAAGUGCGUUACUUACCCGUAUUGUACGUACCAAGAGUAA